CAACCACAGCGAGAGACAUUAUCCACAUAUGGAGGAAACUUGGAACAAUUGUGAACUUCCCCUGAAAAAAAUUGUUCCAAGAAUCUAUGGUCAACUCAUCACAUGAUAACAUCUAAAACAAAGCAGACAACACUUGCUUCAGUUAAGCUCAAUGUUUAUGGUCUAAAUAUUAUAAAGAGAUAAGGGAGAAAGAGCUUCCAUGUUUGAUUUUUAAGCCAUGUCCAACAGCUCUGAAGAGAAAGAUCAGUAUUUGGGGAGUGAUGUCCAAGGAGCGCAGCCUGCUGCUGAGGCUCCUCAGGAAGCAGAUAUCCUCACUGACUCCCUGGGCCAAGAAGAGAGUCUAAAGGAAAGAGAGGCACAGUCUCUGGACUGUGUGAGGAAAAAAGAGAACACCUCCAGCACUGCUUUUGUAGACUCUGAGGUCUUGAGGUCACAACAAGAUCAGGCCACAGAUUAUUCAUCACAUGCAGGCACAAGAGAGGGCACGGCUCCCACUGAAGCAUCUUAUUCUUCUUCAGACUCUUUGUCAGAAACGCCAAAAGAUGAUUCUGAGAGUGAUUCCUACUCUUCAUCUGUUCAAGCAAAUACGCAACUUUCUUUGAACGAUUCUGACCAUGAAGCUCUGGACACUGAAGCGCAGUUAGAAGCGGUGGGAGUUAUGGCCCAGCAGGACGACGGGGUGGGAGUUAAUGCUAAAAUGUACAAGAGGAAACUCCGAAAGGGGUUGAAGAAGUUGUCAGGACUGAGUUGGCCCAGCAGAGACCGCCUUGCGGUGUUCAGUGACGUCUUUGAUGAUGUAUGUGAAGGCUCGCCAGUAUUUGGACGCAUCCUGAGGGAAAUCAAGACUGAAUAUGAUUUAUACAUCAGUCACUUGAUGGACACCCAUUCCUCACAAGAUAAUGUGCCACUGGAGCCAUUUGUCAACGAUAUCGAUGAUAUUAUAGUCAGUGAUAACGAAUUGGAGGGUGCAGAAAAAGGGGUUUGCAGUCUAGAAGAAGAGGCCAAAAGCGCUCUGGGGGAGAAUAAACGAGCUCAAGAUGAGCUAAAGAACUUUCUGGAUGAAUGCAGUAGCACGAGGAAGACAUCCCUGUCCAGAAAAGAGGACAGCGGGAUGCCCGUCGACGACAGCGACGUCGUCCAGCUCAGGAAACUUCAGAUUCUGAAUGUGUUGGAGGAGAUCCAGCAUUUAGAGGAGGAGAUCCAUGAAAGGAUGGCAUCUGCUGUUGCAAUUUCAGCCACUAAACGAAGAGUCAAAGCUCUACAGGCAGAAACAAUAAAUCUGAUAGUUUCAAAUGACCGUCUGAGGACCCUUAGCAAGGCAGGACAGCUUUUAGUAUUUGACUUUUCUCUGACUAUAAAUUUAAGCAUUAUUAGGUACAGCAGGAUGCUUCACUCUGUGACAUGUCCCUUUAUUUUAAGGAUCUACAGAACAAAAUCACUUUGGUGUUGGACAGAGAGAAGCCAAAAGAGGUCAUCAGACGGAUGCUGUGGAAAGAAAUAGAAAGGGAUCUCCAAAUAAACGACGAAUAGCUUCAGUCAUCAGCAUCUUACAGUCACACAGUAUAUGCAGGAUACAAAAUAUCUGUAACAGGACGAAACUAAACCUAUCCUUUGUCUUCCACUUCACAAGUACACACUUCUUGGUGCUGGUGCAUCAUGGGAAAUUAGAAUAAAAU